ACCUGCGAUCGACGGAAACUAUACGUAAAGAUGUCGGUGCAGUCUUUAGUAAGUAAGAAGAAACGAAGUUUCAUCGGGUUGCCGGCUCCACUUGGCUACGUACCAGGUCUUGGAAGAGGAGCAACAGGAUUUACAACUCGAUCUGAUAUUGGUCCAGCCAGAGAUGCAGAUGAUAUUCCUGAGGAUCGGCAUGCUCCUCCUGUAAAAAAGUCUAAGAAAGACCAGGAAGAAGAUGAAGAAGAAGAUUUGAACGAUGCCAACUUUGAUGAGUUUGCUGGCUAUGGAGGUAGCCUGUGCAGUAAAGACCCUUACGACAAAGAUGACGAGGAGGCAGAUGCCAUAUAUGAUGCUGUUGACAAACGGAUGGAUGAAAAGAGAAGGGAGAGGAGAGAGGAAAAGCUUCGGGAAGAGCUGGAGAAAUUCCGUCAAGAAAGACCCAAAAUUCAACAACAGUUCUCUGAUCUGAAGCGAGAUCUUGCUGAUGUGACUGUUGAUGAUUGGAACAACCUGCCAGAAGUGGGCGAUGCUCGGACCAAGAGGCAGAGGAACCCACGAACAGAGAAGUACACACCUGUCCCAGACAGUAUUCUGGCCCGGGCGGCAGCCUCUACAGGGAUGAAUAGUGCUCUCUCAGAGAAAGAACAGCAAUAUGGAGGCCUAGCCACACCGGCUGGCUUCUCCACUCCCAGCGGAGACAUCGACAUGAAGAAGAUUGGUCAGGCCAGGAACACACUGAUGGGCAUCAAGCUCACACAGGUAUCAGACUCUGUAGCAGGCCAGACAGUUGUUGAUCCCAAAGGCUACCUGACUGACCUGCAGUCUAUGUUACCUUCACAUGGAGGAGACAUCAACGAUGUGAAGAAAGCCCGACUGCUGCUGAAGUCAGUGAGGGAGACCAACCCCAAACACCCCCCAGCGUGGAUCGCGUCUGCUCGUCUGGAGGAGGUGACAGGCAAGGUGCAGGCAGCCAGGAACCUCAUCAUGAAGGGAUGUGAAGAGUGUCCAAAGAGUGAGGAUGCCUGGCUAGAGGCUGCAAGACUCAUGCCCGGGGACCAGGCCAAGGCCGUGGUGGCGCAGGCUGUCCGGCAUCUCCCCAGCUCAGUCAGGGUGUGGAUCAAAGCUGCAGACUUGGAGCUGGAGCUGAAGGCAAGGAAGAGAGUGUUCAGAAAGGCCCUAGAGCACAUCCCCAACUCGGUGCGUCUGUGGAAGCUGGCGGUGGAGCAGGAAGGCGAGGAGGAUGCCAGGAUCAUGUUGAGUCGAGCCGUGGAGUGCUGCCCAACCAGUGUCGAGCUAUGGCUGGCAUUGGCAAGACUGGAGACGUAUGAGAACGCCCGAAAGGUGUUAAACAAGGCUCGCGAGAACAUCCCGACAGACCGGCAGAUCUGGGUUACAGCUGCCAAGCUUGAAGAAGCCCAUGGGAACGACCACAUGGUGGAGAAGAUUGUGGAGAGAGCUCUCAACUCACUUCGCUCCAACAUGGUGGAGAUCAACAGGGAGCACUGGCUGAAGGAUGCGGAGGACUGCGAGAAGAGCGGCAGCAUCAACACCUGCCAGGCCAUCGUGCGGGCUGUGAUUAGUGUUGGUAUUGAGGAGGAAGACCGGAAGCACACCUGGAUGGAGGAUGCAGAUGCCUGUGCAGCUCAUGGAGCCUACGAGUGUGCCCGAGCCAUCUACGCCUAUGCCCUGACAGUGUUCCCCAGCAAGAAGAGCAUCUGGCUGAGUGCUGCGUACUUCGAGAAGAACCAUGGAACCAGGGAGUCGCUGGAGGCACUGCUACAGAGAGCUGUGGCCCACUGCCCUAAAGCUGAAGUGCUUUGGCUCAUGGGAGCCAAAUCCAAGUGGAUGGCGAAUGAUGUCCCAGCAGCCCGAAGCAUCCUGGCCCUGGCUUUCCAGGCCAACCCCAACAGCGAGGAGAUCUGGCUCGCUGCCGUCAAGCUGGAGAGUGAGAACAAUGAGUAUGAGAGAGCUCGAAGACUGCUGCAAAAAGCCCGAGCUAGUGCACCCACUGCUAGGGUGUUCAUGAAGUCUGUGAAGCUGGAGUGGUGUCUGGGGGAGAUCGAGAACGCCAAGCGCCUGCUGGACGAGGCUGUGAAACACUACGCCGACUUUGCUAAGCUGUGUAUGAUGAAGGGGCAGAUUGAGGAGCACAGAGGAAACACGGAGAGUGCCCGGGAAGCCUACAAUCUGGGGCUGAAGAAAUGUCCACAUUCCAUCCCACUGUGGUUGUUGCUGUCUCGGCUGGAGGAGAAGACAGGGCAGCUGACGAGGGCACGGUCCAUCCUGGAGAAAGCCCGGCUGAAGAACCCCAAGUGCCCGGACCUCUGGUUGGAGGCUGUGCGUGUGGAGAUCAGAGGCGGACUGAAGAACAUUGGACAGACCCUGAUGGCAAAAGCCCUACAGGAGUGUCCCAACUCAGGUAUCCUAUGGGCAGAUGCUAUCUUCAUGGAGCCGAGGCCCCAGAGGAAGACAAAGUCUGUGGAUGCACUCCGCAAGUGUGAACACGACCCCCAUGUUCUUCUAGCUGGAGGGCUUCCAGGUCAAAGUAAGCUGUUCUGGACUGAACGAAAAAUUGGCAAGUCACGUGAUUGGUUUAAUCGUACAGUAAAGAUUGACCCUGACCUUGGUGAUGCUUGGGCAUACUUCUUCAAGUUUGAACUGAUGCAUGGAGAUGAGCAAAGCCAGGAGGAGGUGGCGAGACGCUGCAUCCAGUCCGAGCCCCACCAUGGGGAGAAGUGGUGUCAGGUGUCCAAGGACAUCAGCAACUGGAGGCUCAAGACAGAAGACUUACUUCCCCUUGUUGCUAAUGCCAUACCUCUGCCAACAUGAGACAACGAAUACAAGAGUGACCUCCCUUGAGUUAUAGGAAGGCCUGCCUCAACCAUACGACUUUACCAUGAACUGUUAAGAGAUCUUGUCCUUUCCUCCAGCAAGAGAGGAUAAGGAAGAGUCAGCAAUAUGAAAUGUCUUAAGCUGUUUUAUGCAGAUAAUUGUGCAUUGUUCUUGAAAAGAAAAGACAAUUGUCACUGAAGUGGUUGCAGAGUUCCAUCCACAUUAAGGGUGGGAUUUCGAUUUUCAUUUGAGACACACAAAGUCACUUUUUCCAAGAUUUGACUUGCAUGUUGUUGAUGUACCGUACAGACCAACCGACCCUACUGAACUAGGCCCUGUAUCCUGGUGGCCAUGGGUGAAUGUCACUGGUCCAGGGCAUCUUGAUGUUGAUCAGGGCAACAUCCGUCAGAGCACUAUCACUUCAUCUGUAAAAAUCCUGAGUCUGUAAAUACACCUGGUGCAUGUUUUAAUUCACUGAAUAGCUAACUUGCCUUGUCAAUUACCUGAUGAAGUGAUGUAUUUGUUUUCCUCUAAAAGUAUUUUGUGCAGGAUGCAAGGUGUCCUGCACCAUGUAUUGUUCCUGGGGUGUCUGUACAGUGUCAUUACCAAAGACAACAUUCAUGGUGGUCACAUCCAUGAUGUAUUGUCCUAGACAUCUGGGUCUGUUAGCUUGGAUUCACUUGGAGGGUUCCAGUAUAUGGAGGUCUCCAGUAUAUGGAUGGUUCCAGUAUAUGGAGGGUUCCAGUACAUGGAGGGUUCCAGUAUAUGAAGGGUUCCAAUAUAUGGGAGGGUUCCAGUAUAUGGAGGUCUCCAGUAUAUGGAGGGUUCCAGUAUAUGGAGGGUUCCAGUACAUGGAGAGUUCCAGUAUAUGAAGGGUUCCAGUAUAUGGAGGGUUCCAGUAUAUGGAGGGUUCCAGUACAUGGAGGGUUCCAGUAUAUGGAGGGUUCCAGUAUAUGGAGGGUUCCAGUAUAUGGAGGUCUCCAGUAUGUGUGAAUUGUACUGUUAAAUGUGUUUUGUUAAUGACUUCAAUCAUUGUAAAUAUUCAUGAGAACUAAUGAAUAAAUUUGUAACAAAAUUUAA